GUCACGUCAAUGUCAAAAUUGUCAACAAAACGAAAAUGUCAAUACAAAAUUCACACUGAUUUUCUCAUUUUCUCAAUCACAAAACAAAAUUCAAUAGCAGUGCACAUCUAUUUGGUUAUGGCGUAAAUUAAAAGUGUAAAAAUUAAAAAUGAGUAGCCCCGAUAAAACCUCAAAAGCAUCAGCUACAAGCUUGAAGUCCACCGAUAAAACCUCAAAAUCUCAAUCUUCUUUGAAGUCUGCUGAAAAAUUGUCAAAGCAAAGUGUGAACUCAUCUCGAAGCUCCCGAAGUAACUUCGCCGAACCCUAUGUCGAUAAUUACUAUGAGACCUGCCAAGAUCCGGUCUUUAUCUACGGAGGGCCGUUUAUCCAGGUUAAAAGGCCGGAUCCGUUUAUCGAUUCGGUAACGCCGAUAAACCUGGAGUUACAGGGCACUUUCAAACAGAGUUUUGCAUAUUAUUCUAUGAAAGAGAGAAUUCCAGUAAUUCUGACCAAAGUUAUAGAUGGUUUAUCUAAAAGGGGUGACCCAGACUCAAGAAAACUGAUAGAAUACGUAGCCAGGCUCAAAAAUGAAAUAGUCACCAAUAAGAAAUAUUCCAAAUUCGAGGUGGAUACAGAUGAGGCCAUUCAAUGGAACGAGUGGCUCGACUCGCGGCAAGCGAAUACAUACUUCACAGACGUAUGGGUUUUCGCAGAAUGCUACGUGUACAGGAGACUCAGAGAAGGCGUCGAGCUAAUUCCAAGUCUAAAUGACUUCGAUCCCUUCGGCGAUCAGAAGAGACAAGCCUUCGAGGAUGGGAAAGAGGCUAUGUGCAUGGUCGCGACGCAGUUGAUGCCCUUGUUGUCUCCGAGUGACAAGGACAAGCGGAAACAGGACUUCAUGACCUUACUGAAGAUCUGCCUGUGGUCCAAUAAAUGCGACCUUUCGCUAUCCGUUGGCGAGCCUGUGUCUUUUGUGUCUGGCGAAAAGGGAAAAGACCCGUCUCAAAUGCCCGCCGUAGACCCCUUCCAAAUGGUCCUCGAUUUUAAAGAUAAGUUGCUGGCGGACGACACGGCGAAAAUAGCUGACCAAGUGGUGGCCAAAGCAGAAGCCAUCGGGAAAGCGAUAGCCAACGCACAAAAAGAGGCUCUAGCCAAAGCGGCAGCGGAUAAGGCCAACAAGGGCAAAGGGAAAGGGCCUCCGCCCCCGCCCCCGCCCCCUCCGCCGGCGGAGGGCGCGGAGGGGGCGGAGCCGCCGCCGCCGCCCGUGCCCUGCCCCGCUAAAGUUCUGGUGCCCAGCGCCGUGCAGUUUGAUAUCGUGUGCGAUAACGCUGGUUUCGAGUUGUUCGCAGACUUGUGUUUAGCGACCUGGUUGGUUGAACAGAAGAUUGUAGAAAAGAUACGGUUCUACGUGAAGAGAAUACCCUGGUUUGUCUCAGACGUUACACCGAAAGACUUUACAGAGGUAAUCCAGAUGUGUUGCAACGCGCAAUACAGCAGACAGGCGCCUCCGCCAGAACCUAAGAAGCCACUGGCCGAGGGCGAAGCACCCCCACAGGGCACGAACGUCACCUCAGCGGAGCUCCAGAGCCUCGGCAGGAAGUUCCAGCAGUACUACGCCGACGGCAUAUUCGUUGUGUCGUGUGAAGAUUUCUGGACAUCCCCCCACGUAUUCAAAGACAUGAAGAAAUACGACUACUGGCUGUACCGCAAACUGCAGUACGCUGUGGCUGUUCUAUUCAAAGGCGACCUGAACUAUAGGAAGCUGCUUGGAGAGAAGAAUGUUCCGCCUAUUACACCGCUACUGCAAGCGCUGCAAGGCUUCCAGCCGGCACCAUUGAUCGCGUGUCGCACGGUCAAGUGCGAUCUGAUCUGCGGAUUGAAGAAAGGCAGGGCGGAGCAACUCUUCAAGAUCGAUCCUAAGUGGAUGCAGACUGGUGACUAUGGGGUGAUCCAGUUUUGUCCGAAGGCCGAACCUCUCAAGGUGGCCGACCGGCCGUGCAAGUUCUACUGCGCCGAGUGUCUCGGCCUCACCUGUCCGGACGAGGGACCCUUCUGGUGAUGUCGGAUAUCGCUGCAUACUCUUUUUAUAUACAAAUCAGUGCAAUUAUAGAAUAGUCAUAUUGAUAAAGUUCAUCCGUUUUUGCCCUUAGAAUUCUAUACCAUGUUGUAAAUAAAAUAUUUUAAUUUAAAA